AGCAACAAAAAAUGCAGAUGGCGCCCAUUUUGACAGCCGUCAAUUCUUUUACGUCAGGCUUUCAUAUCCGAUAGUUCUGUGUAGCUUUAUAGCAGCAACGUCAAUAUAAAAAAAAUGGCAAAAACAAAAGUCGAAAAGCGAAACAAAUCGGCAAUCAAUGAGGUUGUUACCCGCGAAUGCACCAUUCACUUGUCUAAGCGGGUGCACAAUAUUGGAUUCAAGAAACGCGCUCCUCGUGCCAUCAAGGAAAUCCGCAAAUUCGCCGAGAAGGAAAUGGGUACCAAUGAUGUGAGGAUCGACACCCGCUUGAACAAGCACAUCUGGUCCAAGGGUAUCAGGAGUACACCUUUCCGUGUACGCGUCCGACUUGCCCGUCGCCGCAACGACGAUGAAGACUCACCCAACAAAUUGUUCACAUUGGUCACCUACGUGCCAGUUGCCACAUUCAAGGGGUUGCAGACAGAAAAUGUUGAAUCCAGCGACGAUUAGUUAAAGAUUAGCGAGAGUGAAACAUUUUUUAAAAAUAAACAAAAAUUUUAAUUUUUACGCUAAGUAAA